CGGAACGUAAAGUACCCAAUUUUUCUUUCGUACAUCGUAUGUACUCCCUGUUUCAUUGCGUUUUUCUUGUUUGUAAAUAAUAACCGCUGGAAAUAGUACGUAAUGUGAAAUUACACGCAUUCCUCAGUCCAGUGGUCGUUACGUAAAAGGUAACCAUUGCCGUGCAAUUAGUUAAAUCGCCGUAAAACUCCUAACCUAUCGGUUGAUGUUUUGUUAAGGAGUAAAUGAACUAUGUGAUGUAAAAAUGCCGCCUUUUAGAAGAAAGAAGGCGUCUAAAUCCUUUCCAGUGAAGGUGUGUACAUUGGAUGCCGAAUUGGAAUUCAACCUUGAGUGGCGAGCAACAGGAAGGGAUUUGUUUGACCUAGUCUGCAGGACCAUAGGGCUGCGGGAAACAUGGUUCUUCGGGCUACAGUUCGAGGACACCAAACAUUUCAUAAGCUGGCUCAAAUUAGACAAAAGAGUACAAGACCAAUGUGUGUCCCAAAUGCCGGGCACACCGUUCAUGCUACUCUGCAAGCUCUACCCCGAGGAUGUGGCCGAGGAACUCAUCCAGGAGGUCACACAGCAUCUUCUGUUCCUGCAAGUCAAGCAGGCGAUCCUGAGCAUGGAUAUAUACUGCCCGCCGGAGGCGUCAGUGCUGCUUGCUAGCUAUGCUGUGCAGGCUAAGUAUGGAGACUACGACGAGACAGCCUCUAAGCCCGGAAUGCUGGCCAGUGAAGACCUACUGCCACAGCGGGUCAUUGACCAGUACCAGAUGACUCCGGAGAUGUGGGAAGAUCGGAUUAAAAUAUGGUACGCUGACCACAAGGGCAUGUCGCGGGACGAAGCUGAAAUGGAGUACCUGAAGAUAGCACAAGACUUGGAUAUGUACGGCGUCAACUAUUUCUCUAUCAAUAACAAGAAAGACACAGACCUCUACCUCGGCGUGACAGCACUAGGUCUCAACAUAUACGAGAAGGACAACAAGCUGAUGCCAAAAACGACAUUCCCCUGGUCUGAGAUAAAGCAUAUAUCGUUCGACGAUAAAAAGUUUAUCAUCAAGUUUGUCGACAAGGCGGCCAAUAACUUUAUAUUCUUCUCGCCUAAGGGAAUGAAUAAAUUGAUCCUUGACCUAUGUAUCGGAAAUCAUGAUCUAUACAUGCGCCGCCGAAAACCAGACACCAUGGAGGUCCAGCAGAUGAAAGCUCAGGCCAAAGAGGAGAAACAGCGCCGGCAAAUUGAGCGUAACAAGCUAGCGCGCGAGAAGCAACUACGGGAGGCUGCGGAAAGAGAGCGAGCCGCGAUGGAGCAGAGAUUAUUGCAAUAUCAGGAAGAGAUCCGGUUAGCCAACGAGGCACUGCGCCGUUCAGAAGAAACAGCAGAGCUAUUAGCGGAAAAGGGACGGGUGGCUGAAGAAGAAGCAUCUCUACUAGCACAGAAGGCGGCAGACGCUGAACGGGAUAACGCCCGGCUCAGGCUAUCUGCUAUACGGACCGAGGAGGAAAAGGUCCACCUAGAACGCAAGACUCGCGAAGCGGAAUUCCUCACGGCGCGUCUAGUCGAAGAGUCAGAAAAACGCGCCGCCGAAGCAGACAGACUAAAAGCGGAGCUGGUCGCAGCCAGAGUAGCUGAGAAACAGGCUAAGGAUAAGCUGUUGAACUUCCUUAGCAGAGCUGGUGCAGGGUCGCUACCGCCACCUACUGUUAAUUCAUCAAGCACAGUCCCAUCAAGCCUGUUCCCGUCAACUUGCUCCCUCCCCGCCGAGCUGGGGGAGCCCCCGGUGAACGGGGCCGCGGAGCCCGAGCUCAACUCGUGUCUGCUCGUGCCGGACGACUCGGACGACCCGCACAUACACCGCCUCUCCAGGGAGAUCGAGAAGGAGCGAGUGGAGUAUCUAGCAAAGUCGAAGCAUCUCCAGCAGCAACUAGAGUCGUUACGGUGCGAGUUCUCUGUACUACGGGUGGAGCGCGACGCGGCGACGCUUGACAGGAUACAUGAAGCGCAAGCAAAGGCGGGCGACACCAAAUACUCCACGCUCCGAAGGUUAAGGCAGGGCUCCACCAACACACGACUAGCGUUCUAUGAGGAGCUCUAAACACUUACACUCUUUGACGAAGGAGUUCACAGAACUGCGCUUAAUAGGGAGCAUGAACUGUAGGGGGCAGCACAGGAGCCCCCUGCUUAUUGGCGCGAAGUGUAAAUGUCAACACAUCCAGCGCCAAGAACCCGACUGUCGGGUACACUGUUCGUUGGGACUUCACGCUCCAUACGGAAAAGACGUGGCUACGCGCUACGAGCGUAACCCUUAGCACUUAGUGGCAAUGAAUGUGUUAAGCUUCCAAAGUGGCCCACAAGAUGUUAGAAUCUAUAAUACACAAGAAAACGUACGUGAAAUGUAGAGGGCAGCACUUUGGAGUCUAUGUACAGUUUAUGUUUCCGUUUGAGGCCACGAGAUGGCAGACCCUCCAACACGCACGGUCCCUAUACGGAAUCAGUUCGAUCCGGCUUUUCGGACCAGUCAGUAACUGUCACUGAUCAGAAAUGGCGUUUUUACUUUUGGAUUACGUCAAGAAGUGAUGUUGUCUAUUUGUCGGUCGCUAUUCGGUUACGCCGAUAGAUGGCGUUGGUAAAUUCUCACUUCUGUGUGUUACGCGGAGCGAUGACAUUGUAAAAAUCUUUGUUAGUGUUGGCACGUUACGUCGAAAGAUGGCAUUAGUGUCAGAAAACGUGGUAGAGUUUGUAGUCCAAAUUACCAUUAUCCUACAAACGUUAUUUAGGGAAUUAUUAUACUUCGUUUUUUUUAGCAUUAGAAAUAAGGUAAACAAUCUUGAUGUGUCUUUUUAUUGAAAAACACGUUUUUAAAAUAAGUCACGGCAAAUAUGUAACAAUUACGAAUCUAAUACGAUCAUUUUUAAUCUUCUGCUUUCAUAAGUAAGAGUUACUGAUUUUUAAAAAGCGUAUUUCAAUUAAAAUACAUGUCAAGAUCGCUUACCUUCUUGCAAGUUCUUUCUAAUGCUAAAAAAAAAUGAACUAUAGAAAGAGAAGAUAAUUAACGUAGUUGGGAUCAUACAAAGAUUUUAAAACAACAUUUGUCAAUUUUUCACUCCAGCCGGGCUAGCACAUGAUGGCGCGACAAUAUCUCGCGCCGAGACACACUACCCGUCCCUCUUUUAUUAACCUAUUUAGAAAAAGACUGGUAGUUUAUCUCGCCGCGAGAUACUGUCGCGCCAGUCAUGUGCUUGGCCUACUGUGGACAACAGUUAACCGCUUGUCUAACAAUAAGUAAUGAUUUCCUAACUCUAGUGAAUAGAAAAUGAGUACCUUUAUGUGGAUAAAGGCCUGUGCACACCGGCUUGCGUGUGCGUGCGCUAAAAUGUUGGAGCUGCACACGCACACGUCACGCAAGCGGUGUGCCGUCUCUCACAAGGGUCUGUAUACUACAACGACGGCGCGCGCGCACGUACACGUCACGCACACGCAGCCGGUGUGCAAAGGCCUUAAGGCUUCAAUCAGGGAGUUAGUAAUAGAGGCUUUGUAGCUCUUAAAUUUAGGCAUGUCCACAGGAGAGAUGCUAAUUUCUUUGUAUGAUCUAAUUACACUAUUUUUGAUUAGCGAUUUAGAUGCCUUUUAUAAAAUUAACAAUGUGCCUUAGAUAAUUUAACGUUGUGUGCGUAGCUGUACAAUAUUGGCCAAAAUCACGCACACAUACGUAUAUAUGACAAUAAAUGAAUAGAUUAUUAUAUUGUAUUAUACAUUUUUAUUGUUGAUCUCCUAUAUAAUCGACAAUGUUGCCAAAAUUUUUGACAUAAUCGACUCAGAAUAUUUUUUGUGCACAAAGUAUUUUUUUAUUUGCCCGCGAAUUGUAUAAUAACGUUCAUACGCUUUUUAUAAUCAAUUUAACAUAAUAAUUGUAAGUAUCAAUCGAGAUCUGGAUAGUUAUUUUACCAUUUUUAUAUACUAUAGCUAGACAAUAGGGUAUUUGGCUGUAUUUAAUAUACAUUAUUUUACAACAUGCAUGAAAUAAAGCACCAAAAGAUUAAUAGAGAAAAGUAGACAAGACGUUAUUUUUAGACAAAAUUUAUAGUUUAAAUCCCGUGUAAAACCAUAAUAAAAACCGGGCAAGUGCGAGUCGGACUCGCGCACGAAGGGUUCCGUACCAUAAUGCAAAAAAAGGCAAAAAAAAACGGUCACCCAUCCAAGUACUGACCCCGCCCGACGUUGCUUAACUUCGGUCAAAAAUCACGUUUGUUGUAUGGGAGUCCCACUUAAAUCAUUAUUUUAUUGUGUUUUUAGUAUUUGUUGUUAUAGCGACGACAGAAAUACAUCAUCUGUGAAAAUUUCAACUGUCUAGCUAUCACCGUUCGUGAGAUACAGCCUGGUGACAGACGGACGGACGGGCGGAUGGACGGACGGACGGACAGCAGAGUCUUAGUAAUAGGGGUCCCGUUUUACCCUUUGGGUACGGAACCCUAAAAAGUAGGUAAUUUGAUCGUGACGUCACAUGCUAGUGUUUACUUUAAGCCAUAGUCAAUUAUUGAUCACGCCACGUCAUUAUUAAUAACGCCACGUCAUUAUAAGUAGUUCAAAUGGGUCUCUAUUGUUUUCCAUAAAGUUUUAAGUCAUAAUGUAUUGUUUGUCCACAUUUUCGUUAGUCAUAAUUUGGUUUUUCUCAGAAACGCGUAAUUUUUCAGGACUGCCAUAAAACAAACCUAACCUAUCUAUAGGAUAACCUUUCGAAAAUCCAGAAAAGUUAACGGUUUCAUAAUUAUGACUAACGAUAAUCUGACAUUCAUUAUGACUUUCAAUAAUUAUGUCAAACAAAGGGAUCCGAGUUCAAAUAUUACCGGACCAAUUUUUUAUGUACCUUAUGUUUUAUUAGUUUAAGUCCAUUUUCAGCUGAUACCAUAUUCAUAGCGGCUGCUUGGUGCUAUUUCUUCGUCUUGAGUUCUAUCGUGCAAGAAGACGGGCCAAAGGUUGUCAGAAAUUACACAAAAUUGAACCCUAACACUUUGUAAUAAAGUUCAAAAUCAGGGUGGCAAUAUAAAUUAAACACCUCUGCCUUAUGGAGGCUUAACCCGUGUUCUACCUUUUAAAUUAAUCUAAGUCGAUUUUGAUAUGGUUUCAGCUGGUGAUGUUAGUAAUGUUAAACCCUAAAUGUUUCAUUUUUUUUAUUUUUCCAUAAGUAUAUCUUAACGGUUUUAACGUUCUCAUGUCAAUCUAAAAUGUCACCUACGCUCAUCGGAAUAAGUUACAAAUUGAAAUAUAAUAAAAACAUUAUGACAUGUCUUAUGUCCCAAACGAUAUGUUAUGUGUAGUAAAAGUACACAAUGUACAAAAUUGUAUGUGAUUUUGAACAAAACGAGUCUGGAAUGUUCUAUGUAGAGGUCUAAGGCCCGGUUGCACCAACCACAUUUAAUUGAUUUACGUCAAACAGCAGUGAAGUAUGUAAUUUCCCAUAUAAUGAAAUUUUGCGAACGCUUUAACUGUGAGUACUGUGACAGACGGGUUGGUGCUACCGACCCGACCCUUAGGCCCACUUGCACCAUUCCACUAACCCGGGGUUAACCGGUUAAACAUGGAGUAACCAUGGUUACCAGUACAAUUUGACACUGGGUUAACGGUUUAACCGGUUAAUCCCGGGUUAGUGGGAUGGUGCAAGUGCCGCUUAGACGGUUAUAACAUGGAUGGUGUUAUGCAGAAUAUAAGCACAUACUAUUUCAUGUUAAAAAAUAACAAUUUUGAAUAGGUUAGAAAGAUACGGCACCCAUUUUCAUCUCAUAUGACCGAAACUUAUUCAGGUCGUUAUUUGUCUAGACCAGCGGUCGGCAACCUUUUAGCAGCCAAGGGCCAAAUAGUAGUUAACGGAGGUGACGCGGGCCGAACGUUAUUAAUAUUUAUGACUUUAUACAAAAUAGCCAAGGCGGCUCUCGGGCCGCAAGUGAAAGGUUCACGAGCCGCAUGCGGCCCGCGGGCCGCAGGUUGCCUACCGCUGGUCUAGACAGUUGUUUUAAUUGAUGAAAAUAAUUAUUCGUAGUAAAAAAGUAAGUCCAUGUAUGUAGUUUUUUUUUAAUCUGUACCCAUAUGUUCUACGUAACACUGCCCCUAUUAUACUCAUGAACAUUGUACAUAACUUAAACCGCUUUGUGAUCAGAAUGAUAAUUAUGUUACAAUGUAUAAGUGCCUUAAUAUUUUAGAAGCCAUAUUUUGUAAAUAUAUUUAUAGAGUUUUUUA